GCCUCUCUCGCACUCGCACCGCGCUCCCUCCUGCCCGCCCGGCUCCGCGCCCCGUGCAAGGUUAUGAAGGAAGAAUGGAGUUUCCAGACCAUAGCCGCCAGUUGCUGCAGUGUCUGAGUCAGCAGCGUCACCAGGGCUUCCUGUGUGACUGUACUGUUUUAGUUGGAGAAGCUCAAUUCAGAGCUCACAGAGCCGUUCUUGCCUCUUGCAGUAUGUACUUCCAUCUUUUCUACAGGGACCAGUUAGACAAAAGGGAUAUUGUGCAUCUGAACAGUGACAUUGUCACAGCCCCUGCCUUCAGCCUGCUGCUCGAAUUCAUGUACGAGGGAAAGCUGGAAUUCAACAGUCUCCCGGUGGAAGAUGUGCUGGCUGCGGCGAGCUACCUUCACAUGUAUGACAUUGUGAAAGUCUGCAAGGGCAAGUUGAAAGAUAAAGAAUUAUGUCCGGAAGAGAAGAUUAAUGAUGAGGCGGCUGGUUUGGAGAAAGCGGAGCAUUUUCUAGACGCCGGAGUGCCCCUGGUCCACGAGUUUGACCCAGGAAACAAACAAAAAUUCAGCGUUGCAGAAUACGAGAGAGCAGCAGGCAAAGAAAAGGUCAGCAGUCACCCCGCCUGGUCCUCUGAUCAUAUAAGUGUCAGCUCUGUGCCGACAGAGGCAGAACCGUGCGCUGCAGCAGCUGGAAAAACAAAGGCUAAUGUCAAUAGUUCCACAGGACCUUUGUCCCAAAGGUCUGUUAACCAUCCCCUGGCUUCGAGUGAUGUGGACUGUGCGCUGGAUUUGUCUUUCAAGCCUGUGCCGGGGAGAGAUUCCUUACACCCCUCCUAUGUCUUUGGACAGCUGGCUUCCGACAGCCAGCAGCAGGGUACCGAGCCACUUGUUAAAGAUGAACAAGACUUGCUGUCAGAUCAGGAGGACAGUGAAGCCAGGAGUCCAGAGAGUCAGCAUUUUGGGAAUUCAGCCAAAAGCCUAGUGACAGGGUUAGGACACAUGUUCACGGGGAAUGGCAGCUCUCAUGCCCGAGAGGAGGAUAUAGAUCAAGAGCGAGAUGAGAGCGAGGACGACAUGGAUUCGUCGGACAUCUCCUCGGGUGUCCUCGUGCCUCCUGGGCAUAUCUGCAUUUGUCCCCUCUGUAGCAAGGUGUUCCCGAGCCCACACAUCCUUCAGCUGCACCUGAGCUCUCACUUCCGUGACAAGGACGGCUCCCGGACCCGCCUGUCCCCCGACGGGUCGGUCCCCACUUGCACCCUCUGCGGAAAGACUUUUUCUUGCAUGUACACGUUAAAGAGGCACGAGAGGACUCACUCGGGGGAGAAGCCCUACACCUGCGGCCAGUGCGGAAAGAGCUUCCAGUAUUCCCACAACCUCAGCCGCCACGCGGUCGUGCACACCAGGGAGAAGCCCCACGGGUGCAAGUGGUGCGAGAGACGCUUCACGCAGUCUGGGGAUUUGUACAGACAUAUCCGCAAAUUUCAUUGUGGCCUUGUAAAGUCCUUGGUUGUUUGAGAUGUGUGUGAUUUAUUUUUUUUUUUUUUUAAAUAUCCCCCCAGCCCUUUUAAAACAAAACAGGAAAAAAAGGCAGCAUCUGAAUUUUUAAUUUUUUUUUUUUCCCCUCCCUCCUUUCCUUUAUUUUACUUUUGUGAUAUUCACUUCAGGUAUAUGAUCUGUAAAAGAUGCAGAGGUAUACACUCCAGAGGCCUUUCAAUGCAAUCCUUCUACCUUUCCAUCUCCCACCUUCCCCUGCCACCCUCCCUACCCAGCACUGUCCUUUAGGUCUUCUCUUGCGCACCCAUGUUACAUUAUUAAUGUGAAAUGAUUUUAAGUAAUUCUGCAAUGAUUUAGCAUCUGUUUUCACACUGGAAGUACUUUCUUCGUGGUCAGGGUUUUGUUGGUUUGAGGGUUUUUUUUUGUUUUAGGUUGGUGUUUUGUUUUUUUUUUUUUCAGUUUAUGAAAAGACUAUCAGCAAAUUCCGGAGAAAAAUUUGGAUUCCAUUAAGCUCCCCUAAUGCUCUCUAUGUGUUGCAGAGAAUCCUCUGAAGAGAUGAACUAUGAUUUAAAUACAUUUUGGUGUAGAGAAACUUGUCCACUCGUCUCAGAGUGAGCAGACAUACUUUUAUUUCUAGGGCUAGAUGAGACAUUAAAUUAGCCCAAAUUUUAAAGGGGUUGAGGAUUCCUGGCUGUGCCUUUGGUACUGGUCAUUUUUUAUUCUCUUUAUUCCAUUAGUGUAGUUCUGCAGUAGGUCCUAAAAUCUAAAUGAGAAGUUUGUGCCUCGGGACUUGACUUAAAUUUUCCCCUCCCACCCAUCCUCUUCACUGGGCUUGACCUACUGAAAAGCUGCUUUUGAGCAUAGAGUGUGGAUGGAAAAACUCUUCCUGUCCACAGCGUAUUCACUCCCAAAAUGUUAAGGAUGCGCACCAGGACAUACAAAAAAAUCAUAUGAUAUGUGAAUAUUUUCAUUUCCACAUUGAAACCCAGAGGCUGAUCCCAUCCCCCUUGCAGGGGAGAGCAGCCCUAAAGAGGCCAAAUACCCCUCCCAGUAUCAGGCUCCUGGGGUUUCUUGGUUCAAGGUGACUAUUAGGAGAUGCCCUGCUGUCUUGUCUGAAAAGUUUGCUGCCAUGCUACAAUCAGCAGCAUGAAAUUAUAUUUUAUUUAAUUUUUUAUGAAGUUGGUGAAUCCCUCUGAGCCAGAUCGUGUGCAAUCGCCGGUGUUUCGAAGGGGCAGCGUGAAGAUGAACCGCUGGAGGGAAGCAUGGCCUAACUUUCUCCCCCAUGUCCCACCUUUUCAGGGGAAGUUUUUGGGGGUAUUUUUAGGUGGAGUUUUUUUGUUUGAGGUGUUUUGUUGUUUUUUUGGUUGGUUUUGUUGGUUUUUUUUUUUUCAGUUUGUUUGUAAACUGAGGCUGCCUGUAACUAUAGCCAGUUUUACUCCAGAUAACUCAGUUUCUUGCCUAAUAGAGCAUCCUUUGGUCCGUGCAUGUUGGCGGAUAUCAGAUUAUUCCCUUCCAGUCAAAUUACCCAUUCAAGGUACAUGUACAUGGGACUGAACUAUAAUAAUAAUAUCUGGGGGUUUUGAAUGUCGUUCUGCUGUAUUAGCAUUGCUUCAUCAGCUUUCCUGACACUCCUGGAGCUGUUUUGUGAAACUUAAGCGUUUAUUUUAAAAUGAAUUUGAAGCACUGAGUUAGAUUAUUUUAAAAAGUUGUGCUUAAAAUACUGUAUUGUAUCUUAUGAAGAAAAAACUUCCCAAUGCCUUUCCCCCUCUGGUCCAAAAACUGAGCACUACCUACAUAAAUAAUAUGGGAUUGACUAUUUUUUUUUUUUUUUAAUAAGUACUUCCUCUUUUAAAGAAAAUCAGGAUAUACUUGUUACAGCCUCUUCUUAUUAUUCAUCUCUUAAAAUAUGAAUGUACAUGUAAUGUGAAAUUUUGCUUUUAUUUAUAGUUUUGGGUUUUGUUUUCAGUCUGAUUUCUCAACUGUAAAAUAUUUUUGCUGAACCUGUUACAUAUGAAAGUUGUGGGAGAGUACUGUAUCUUGAACAUAAGUGGCUUUGGUACUGUGGUCUUAUUCUACUUAAUCGUUUUUUUUUUUUUUUUCUUUUUUAUUUUUGCUGUGAUUGGAAAUAGCACUGAACAAAAUCUACUAAAAUUAAGUUAUUUUUCUUUCUACUAAAAUUAAGUUAUUUUUUUCUCCUGAAGAUACUUGAUAUAGUAUUUAUUAGAUUUUUUUUGUUUUUGUUUUUGAAGUGGAAUUAUUACUGUUAAUCUAUUUCAAAACUAGUUAAUUUACACUUCACUUUAAAUUUUAUAACAAUGGGUUUUGCAUGUUGAGCAACAUGUAAAGAGUUUAAUGUAGAGUCAGCAUUACUGAAGCUGGUAAUCUUAAUUUUGCAUUCUUUUGACACUUUUGUUUGCAUUUCAGUCUUCAAUUACUGUUUGUUUUUAUUUUUUUAGAAGAUCAUAAAAUAGGAUGUGCCAUAAGAACAUCAUUAGCGUAUGGAGCAGGGAAAAGUUGAAACAAGUUUGUGUCUGAUCUUAGUAUAGAAAUAAUUCAUUAAACUGAUGCUAUGAGCAUGCUCUGUACUGCAGUGAAUAUGGGGCAAAAGUUGUUUUUGUUUUAUUUUGGUUUUUUUUAAAAUAAGGAAAAAAAGACUUUCUCAUUCUUGACUUCAUGAACAUGCUGUUCUCAUAGUCUGGUAUUUGUGUUCCCACUCCUCAUAGCUUGAAUUUCUAAAGUAAAGAAAUGUUUGCACUUAUUUUUGUUCUUAAGGUGACUUUUUUUUUUGCUAUCUCUCUGUGUGUCUCUUAUUUUUAAGUUGCAAUAGCUUGGAGCAUGUCUUCAAAAUGGUUCAUGGCUCUACGGAGAAGUACUAAAACAUGGCACACAACGCUUGUCUCUUCAUAAACUUAUUUCUCUGUGGGGUGGUUGCUGUCUCCGUAGGGAACAGUCCCGCUCUGCAUUUUAAACACUGGAUUUGUCUUCUACUACAAACAAAUACUGUGAAGUUAAUGUAAAAAAGAAAAAAAAAAAUCAUUGAUAUUUUUAAUUGUUUUUAAUCUUGGUGCAGUUCAGAUUAAAUAUGUAUAUUUAAAGACACUAAUUUUUGUGGGAGAGUUUUAUAGUAUACAGUAUGUAGAGAAGCUAUUGGAAUGGAAUAUAUUUUAUAAAAAUGUUCUAUCACUGUUUUAUAGUGAACUAUUUUUCCUUCAGUGUUAGUGUAAUGCUGUUAGUCUAGAUAUGACAAUCGCAGGAAGAGUGAUUCAAGCUACUGUUAGCGCUUAGUUUUGCGUGGAGUUCUGUUUGCAGCUGUAUUGGUAUGUGCUGUACAAUGUGACAAUCGUGACUAGGAUUGUUGUCUUUAUAAAUUUACACAAAAUAAAACGUGCUAGAAUUGUAA